UAUUAAUCCUACUACUUUCCCGGAUUCGAAAGGUAGGCCGUAUACAGUCGCGGUAGUGCGCACUAAAUUUGCAGAGUGGAUAACGCCAGAAAUCAGCACUCCCUUUACGGAUUGUGUUUCAGUCAGAAAGGGUCGAAUUGGCUGGUCUCCAUAGCUAUCAGCUUAAUUGAGCAACGGAAGAAGAGCUAAGAUGGAGGUGGGAAGACGCCCAGACGGUUCUUCAGAUUCGUCCGGGUCGUGCUUUUCUCGCUUUUACACGGCAGCUCGCCGGUCCAAAAAUAUAGCUCCACCGUCCACCACCUCCAUCAGGACGGGCGAUGGGGGUGGACUGGUCCGGCGUCUCAGCCUAUUUGAUCUCCUUCUGCUCGGAAUUGGCGCUUCCAUUGGAGCCGGAAUCUUUGUAGUCACCGGUACUGUUGCCCACGAUGCCGGCCCGGGGGUCACUAUCAGUUUCAUGAUUGCAGGAUUAUCUUGUGUCCUUAAUGCAUUAUGUUAUGCUGAGCUAGCCUCACGGUUUCCUGCAGUUGUUGGCGGAGCUUAUUUAUACACGUAUACAGCUUUUAAUGAGCUUACAGCUUUUCUAGUUUUUACACAGUUGAUGCUUGAUUAUCACAUCGGUGCAGCUAGCAUAGCACGCAGUUUAGCGAGCUAUACAAUCAAUACACUAGAGCUCAUUUCUUUCUUCAAGGAUCACAUCCCAAGCUGGGUUGGGCAUGGCAGCCAAGUCUAUCUUGGAGUUUUUUCUUUUAACCUAUUAGCUCCUUUACUACUCAUAAUCUUGACAUUAGUUUUAUGCCGGGGAGUUGGAGAAUCCUCUGUGUUCAAUGCAGUUGUGACUAUGACAAAGAUAGUCAUUGUUAUUAUUGUAAUCAUUGCUGGGGCAUUUAAGGUUGAUGCCUCAAAUUGGACCCCUUUUGCUCCACAUGGUGUAAGAUCAAUAUUGACUGGGGCCACUGUGGUUUUCUUUGCAUAUAUUGGAUUUGAUGCAGUUGCUAAUUCGGCUGAAGAAUCUAAAAGACCUCAGAGAGACCUGCCAUUAGGCAUUGUCGGGAGUCUGCUUGUCUGUAUUGCACUAUACAUUGGUGUCUGCUUAGUAUUAACCGGGAUGGUUCCAUACCAACUCCUUGGGGAGGAAGCUCCUUUAGCACACGUUUUCAAGUCCAAGGGAUUGACCUACGUUUCAGUGCUAAUCAGCAUUGGUGCUGUUGCUGGACUCACCACAACACUUCUUGUUGGGCUUUAUGUUCAGUCCAGACUAUAUCUUGGGCUGGGAAGGGAUGGCUUAUUGCCUUCACUCUUUGCUCGAGUACAUCUGACACGACAUACACCUGUUCGUUCUCAAAUAUGGGUAGGGAUUGUUGCCAUCAUUUUGGCUGGCCUUUUUAAUGUCCACUUGCUCUCACACAUUCUCUCAGUCGGCACCUUGACAGGGUAUUCUGUAGUUUCAGCUUGUGCCAUAACCCUUCGAUGGAAGGUUAAGAAUGAGAGUAAAGUCACUGCCAGAUUAAUUUCAAAGAGAGGAGAAGGUGUCAUUUGCCUUUUUUUAGUUGCCUGUUGUGGGUUUGCUGCAGGAGCCCUUUACCGUUUUAGGGCUUCUUUUGCUUUCCUGAUUGCAGCUGCUGUCAUUGCAAUAUUUGCUGGAGUUGCUCUUCAUUUCCGACAUGUUUAUGAAGAUCCGCCAGGGUUUUCUUGUCCUGGAGUUCCAAUCCUUCCAGCUGCCUGCAUCUUCUUCAAUAUUUUUCUAUUUGCCCAGUUGCACUAUGAGGCAUGGGUGAGAUUUGUGCUUCUCAGCAUUGUUGCCGUUGGUAUAUAUGCACUUUAUGGGCAGUACCAUGCCAAUCCUGCAAGUUCAGGCACAUCACCUAUUCACCAAAGGGAAUCUGCACAAGUUUAGUUCGGUUCAACGUGAGGGUUGUAUCAUAAUUGGUUUGUAGUAGCCACAAACGUUUGGUGGUUGUGUGUAGAGGCAGUGAGUAUGAAUAUGUUUUCAAGUGACAUGCAACCCAAUUUACAAUGCACGUAAUAGAUAGCUAAUAGUUUUAUGUCUCACUUACGUUGUGUGUGUGUGUGAGAUAUAAUGGAUACCUUUUUUUCUUGAGCGGAGUACUGUGGUGAGGAUUUAAUAGGCAUUGGUGAGAUGGCCGGACAUGCCAAAGGCAGUCGAUACCUUAUAGAGUACACGAACAAGACUAGCUAAUUUGCACUUGGGAGCUCAAUAGUGUUGAAGAAGCUACAAUGAUUCAUGGCCGGCAGGUCUAAGUCUAAUUCAAAAUGAAUUGCCCUAUACCUGCUGCCCCGUGUUCCAGAAAAACUUGUAGUUUUGUUCAAACGUCCAUGGAUCAGCUAUCAAUCCGACAUAACCUCAUCAAUGCUUACCAGUUACCCCUCUUCCUUGAUCAGGUGCCAUACUAUUGGCAUUGUCUCUUGGAAAGUAGCAAAUUCCACAGGGGGGGAUCUACUGGCCAGGGGAUGGUGCCCCUGCUUCAGCCGUACGAGAUAGGUGCAGGAAGAGGUAGGAGGGCUGCCUGGACUGUCCAGUUCAUAUUUUUCAGCGAUGAAGCGAGGUAGUGAGGAGGCUGAAACUUGGAAGACAGGAUUUCCGAGAAAUGAGAAUAUAUGGCUACAAAUUUUAUAGAAUAUUCACUUUUUUUAAGGUAGAUUCUAUGGUACCCAAAAGGUAUCAUACCUUUGUCCAUAUGGACCAAUCAGAAUAUUGCAGUUGAAUUAUUAAGUCUAAAUUAAAAAUGAUAUACCUACUUGGACCAAUCAAGAGAAUGAUAGGUACAGUACCC